AUGAAUGUUAUCAUGAGCAGAGCAAUCUUUGUCUUUCUAAAUAUACCUGUGAUUUCCAUCAGCCUGCUGGUUACCUUAUUUUUUCUCUCCUGUUUGCUCAUUACAAAAAGUGGGCAAGAGGAAGGCGUAAAGCAACCGCUCUUGGUGCUUCUGUGGUCAACGGUGAUAUGGAACGGUUGUGUGCAGGUGACCAUAAUUCUGUUUGCUGGUUUGGAAUUCUCAGAAGUCUAUGACACAUGGGAAUAUUGGGUUGCACGGUCUUUCGUACUGCACUCCACCAUUCUCUCCGCAUUGUCAACCAGCACCUGGCAGAGCGUCUUCUACUACGUCUGCAUCGUCCCCGACCGCCGCCCGUUCUUGGUGUGGAUGAAGAAGAACAUCAAAGAAAUAGUUUACUGGGCCCUGAUCACUGACAGGAUCCUGGUUUUACUUGACGUUGUGCUAAAACUGAUCUUGCAGACUUCGGCAAUGCAAAAGGGACAACUGAAUGACAUAGAAUUCGGCACCUUCACUUUGGCUUCUCUCAACGACACCGGGGACAUGGGUGAUCAGAGUAAUGCGCAAGUGCUGCUGUAUGCAAGCUUUUUCCUUUUUCACUGCCAAGUGUUCAUUAUGCUGGUUCACACCCUCGGGGUGAUAUUCUCCAGCGGUGCCACGGUGCUGUACCUGUGGAGACACAUGAAGAGGAUGCAGGCCACCUCCAGCAUCUCUUUCUCCAGCCCCCAGCUGCAGAGCCAGUGGAGGGUCACGGUGGCCAGCCUGGUCCAGGGCGGACUCUUCAUCUUCUGCACGGUGUGGAUUAUUGUGACUGAUUUGUUGAGAUGGCUCAGCGUUGACUUUGACAAAAACUACCACAUUUUAACCACAGUGAUUUCACUCUUCUCCUCCGGUACCACCUUAAUCCUGGGCUGGGGACAGUCCCUUUUCCGACAGCAGGCUUCCAGUCUGUGGGAGAGCGCUGUGAAGAUGUAUGGAUUCAAUAGAGCAUGA